GUAUCUUGUUCAAGUGUCAGAAGCAGAAGUAUACAUAACCGUCAGUUGCGUUUAUAUUUGUCAAAAGUUAAAAGGCAGAAGCACGAAGAUAUAGAAACAUUGUAAUAUAUAGUUAUAAUGGCGAGUUCGUCCAAAUAUAAUGCAAACACUGUUUGUUGUAAUUCACAUCCAGAUGCCCCACUUAUAGAAGAUUACAGAGCUGGUGACCAAAUUUGUUCAGAAUGUGGAUUAGUUGUUGGUGAUAGAGUUAUUGAUGUUGGCUCUGAGUGGCGUACAUUCAGCAAUGAGAAAUCUGGAGUUGACCCAUCUCGUGUUGGUGGUCCGGAAAAUCCUUUGCUGGGUGGAUCAGACUUGACUACAAUGAUAGGACCAGGAAGAGGUGAUGCCUCUUUUGAUACUUUCGGGGUGUCCAGAUACCAAAAUAGAAGAACCAUGAGCAGUUCUGACAGAGCGCUGGUUAAUGCAUUUAAGGAAAUUGGAUCGAUGGCAGACAGAAUCAAUUUGCCCAGAACUAUAGUUGACAGAGCAAAUAAUUUAUUUAAACAAGUUCAUGAUGGUAGAAACUUGAAAGGUAGAUCUAAUGAUGCAAUUGCAUCUGCGUGUUUGUACAUUGCUUGUAGACAGGAAGGUGUGCCCAGAACGUUUAAGGAAAUAUGUGCAGUCAGUAAGAUCAGCAAGAAAGAAAUUGGGCGUUGUUUCAAGCUAAUCUUGAAAGCUUUGGAGACGUCCGUCGAUCUUAUCACUACAGGUGACUUUAUGUCUCGAUUCUGUUCGAAUCUUGGUUUACCAAAUAUGGUCCAAAGAGCAGCAACACAUAUUGCCAGGAAGGCAGUGGAACUGGACAUAGUACCUGGCAGAUCACCAAUAUCUGUUGCAGCAGCUGCCAUUUAUAUGGCCUCUCAAGCAUCAGAAGAUAAACGAACCCAAAAGGAAAUUGGAGAUAUUGCCGGUGCUGCGGACGUUACAAUUCGACAGUCAUACAAGCUUAUGUAUCCUCAUGCCUCCAAGUUAUUCCAAGCAGAUUUCAAAUUCGCUAUACCUAUAGAACAGUUGCCGCAAAUGUAAGACUUCACUUCUCAAAUACAAUAAUAUUAUUAAUGUAACAUUUCCAUGUAUAAUAGUGGUUAAUUUUUAAUAUUUUAUAAUAAAUGUGAUUGUACAACA